GGCCAGCCCUUGUCUCUAUCUCUCUGACAGUCCCCUUAUCAUCGCUCUCCCUCGCCGUCCGGUUUCUUGGUGCUCGGUGCCGCCGUCGAUUCACAAACACGAAUCGACGUUUCCGUACAACGCGAAUCGAUUCACAACUCCGAUUCCUCGGUGCCGCCGUUUCCCUGCAACACGAAUCGUCGCUACCCCUUGCAGCCGUCGGUUCACAAACACAAACUCGGAUUGCUCGGUGCCGCCGUCGAUUCAGCUUAAAAGGAUUGGAGGGAAGCUGGUGUAUGCUGAGAAGAUGAACAAUGCUUCAGCAGGACCCUCUUCAAAAGUGAGAGCCGAAUCUUCCCAGCCCUCAGAAGCCAAAUCUAAGCGCAAGCGAGGAGUAUUCCAGAAAGAUUUGCAGCACAUGAUGUAUGGUUUUGGUGACGACCCUAAUCCGCUUCCUGAAACUGUGGCACUGAUGGAGGACAUUGUUGUGGAGUAUGUAACAGAUAUGGUGCACAAAGCUCAAGAUAUUGCAUCAAGGAGGGGAAAACUUCUAACUGAGGAUUUUUUGUACUUAAUUCGGAAGGACAUGCCAAAGCUCAAUCGCUGUACGGAACUGUUGUCAAUGAAUGAGGAGCUGAAACAAGCUAGGAAGGCUUUUGAUGUAGAUGAAGAAAAGCUGGCAUCAAUUGAGUGAAACAGAAGUUGGAAAAAAAGCACCUGAAAGAGAGGAACAGAAAGCACAAAGCUCUAAUGUUUAAGAAUAGGUAUCUGCCUUGCAGUGUAGAUAGUUUCUGUUCAGUUAACAUAACAAAUGCAGUUCAGCAAAUUUCUACUUAGGUUGCACUUGUUCUAAGGAAGCUAGAAUUCAUGUAGCCAACUCCACAGUGGAUAAAGGGUAGGUAUGUUGUUGUACUUUCACUAAAGGAUUGCUUUGCCCUUGGCCUUUUACCUGGUAAGGUUGGAUUUUUACUCU